AUGCACUCCAAGACGUUUAUUCAUCAGCUGCAUGCGCUUUUAGAGGAGCCGCAACUGCAGCCGUGGAUAACGUGGUCACCAGAUGAUGAGUCAGUCUUUAUUGUAAGGCCUUACGAUCGACAGUUCAGCUCUUUGGUGCUGAAAAGAUACUUUAAGCAUGGCAACAUCAGUAGUUUUGUUCGUCAAUUACACAUGUAUGGUUUUCACAAGUUAUCGAAAGUACCUGAUAGUAGCUCUGGUAGCUCUGGCAGCUCUGGCAAGUCUGACGACUCAGGUAAUUCUGGCUCCCCCGGAAGCAGUAGUGGCAAAAAAAGCAACACUCCCAAGGAUCAGAGCUCUACUAAAUGGUAUUUUACACACCCAUUGGGUUUCUUCAAAAAAAGUGCUGAUGCAGCAACACUGAAGAGAAUUCAAAGGAAAAGCGCAGGUGUCGGUAAAGAUGGUAAGAGAAAGAACGUUUUAUCAACUGUAUGUGUAAACUAUAUUGAGCCUACGUCAGUAGAUAACAAUAACACAUCGGAAAGAAGCACCGGUGAACAAGAUCUAACAAGAUUACGGCAACAGCAGCUCUCGCCAUUGACACAAAGCACCACUGCUCAAAGAUCUCACCAGCAACAGUCGCUGCUGCAACCACAACCGCUAGUGAACAAUCAAAUACGACCGCUAGUGAAAAAUCAAAUGCAUCCUCACUCAUUAAUACAACCCAAUAUCCCACUGCCAAUGCAACCUCAAAGACAGCUGCACCUGCAACCUCAAUUGAAACCACAUUUGCAAGGGGCACCUGAUUUGCAAGAAUUUAAUGCAGGCUUAAGUCCACUAAAUGAUCGAAAACACUAUGGAUCCCUUCCGCAAUUGCCAGUUGUAGGAUCAUCUUACGGUCGUGUUCGACAGCAUGAACAUGGCUCGCAUCAAUCACUCUUACCAUAUAUCCAUCGAAAGGAUCAUCUUUUUGAAAAACCAAGAACGAUAUCAUCACCAGAAAUUUUACAGCGCUCCGCUCUGCAAAAGAAUCUGGCUGCAUUGCCAGCGGCUACAAAAAGCUCUGUGUCUAUGGCCAUGGCUCCCAGAACUUCUACCCCUACUCAAACUUUGAAUCCACAACUGCAUCCCUUGGGUUAUUAUUUUCCGAACAGCCAGUAUUCUGUAAAUAGAGGUCAGUUUCCAGCACAUUUUUCAACCCCAUCUUCAGUAGUCUCUUCAACAGGAACUAUAGCAUAUCUACCAUAUUUCGAUCAACGUCUGGAGUCAGGUAUACGAACAUUACAAAAUUCAGUACUGACACUAGCAGACAUGUUGCCCUCGAUGUGUAAAGAUAUCACCAAACAAACAGAGCCGGAUAAUCAGCCUAAUUUUGAAUAUUACAUGAAAACUAUACAAAGUCUGAAGGAUGACAUCCUUGCAGAAAACGCAUGUACGACUGACUCGAGGUAUUCCCAAUCAUCAUUCGGCGGGACAACUGCAUCGUCUUCGAUAUCUCACCCCACUGCUGCUACUGUUGGUUUGAAUAUCGAUGAGUCGACAGCUGCCUCCAUAAACCAUAUAAGUAUGAGACCACAACAAAAAUCAGGCAGUAGUCCCACUGGUAUCUCAGAGAUCGAUAAAAGUAAACCUGAUACAGCUACCUCACGAUCAUACACUAAUUCAUUUUCCCCAUCUUCAAAUUCGAAAACAUAG